ACUUUACUUUUUCUUUUUUUUACUUUUCCUUCAUUUUAUUUUCUUAUUUAGUUUGAUUUGCGAAUAAAAGAGUAUCAAUGACUGUAAAAGAAAAGACAUCAAUAGGUAGUGUUAUUGUACGAGGAUUGAUUUCAAGUCUAUUAUUAGUGAUCUUCAUUUUGUCAAUAACAAGAUAUAUAGAAAAUCCUAAGGAUAAUACUCGGUGCCAUGGUAUGCUAACUGAAGGUAAAUGGUUGACUGAGGAAUAUAAACAAUGGCAACCUUCAGGUUGUAUGUCGAAAACAUAUGGAAGUUCAGAAAUGAAAAGUUGUUUAGGUCAUAGACGUAUAAUUUAUAUUGGAGAUUCAAUCAUGAGAGAACAGUAUUACGCUAUGACGCAAUUUUUACAUUUAAAGAAGCCAAAUCAAGAAGCCAUACAUGCUAAUCAACAAGCUUAUUCUAAAUCUGAAAAUAUAACGAUAGAGAUGUGGUGGGAUCCCUUCUUGAAUACUUCAAGAACGCUACAUCUUUUACAAGGGAAAGAGUCGGAGAAACCAAGUUUACUAAUUAUGGGUUCUGGUGUUUGGUACAUGAGACGUUUAGGUUCUAAUUAUCUAAGUGGUUGGAAGACAGCUAUGGACCGAAUCUUUGAUAGUGUUCAAGUCUAUAAAAUAGCUGACAAUUUAAUGUUAUCCCCAGUGGAAAUAGUAGAAUAUGAUUUACUUAUACCAGAAAGGAAGGCCACCUUAACAUUUGAUAAAAUCACAAUCAUGAAUAAUUAUCUUCGAGAAAGAUCGAGUUCUCUUCCUGAACAUCUUGUCACACCUUUAGUAGUACCAUUUGUAUGGAAUAAAAUAGUAACCUCUUCAAGGAACCAAACUUUAGAUGGUCUCCAUUUUAAAGAGCCAGUGACUAAAGCUCAGGCACAAUUAGCUUUAAAUUAUCGUUGCAAUAGUGACCAAAGACAUCUAAAAUCGACAACAACAUCAACUCUUUUCUCCCCCUUGGAUACAACAUGUUGUUCCAGCUAUUCAAGACCUGCUUGGUAUCAAACUUUCUUUUUCAUUUACUUUUUAUGUAUCAUUCCGAUUAUUGUCCUUUUAGUAGUGUCUAUUUCUUCUAGUAGUGGACCAAUGAUGAAUAUGAUUCGUAUCUUAUUUCCUUCAAACAUGCAAACACUUGCUUCAUUGUUUAUUUUUGGUUUAGCUGUCCUCUAUAUGUACAUCUGUGAUCGUAGUCAAUUAUUUGGAAAAAUGUUUAAACAGUUUGAUAGUCUUACAUUUAUCGUAUUGAUCUUUAUCCUAUUUACCCUUGGUAUCGUGACAUUGAAAACAAAUGAUAAGAAAGAAGCAAGUAAUACUACUACUACUACUUCAACCGCUAUUAAUAGCAACUUUUUAAAUCGUGACCAAACGAAUGAAUGGAAAGGUUGGAUGCAACUUGUUAUCUUGGUUUAUCAUUUCGUAGGUGCCUCUCAAAUCCCUGGUAUCUAUAAUCCAGUUCGAGUCCUCGUUGCAGCUUAUCUUUUUCAGACUGGAUAUGGACAUUUUUAUUUCUUUUACAAGAAGGCAGAUUUUAGUAUCACACGUAUCUUGAAUGUCUUGGUGCGUUUAAAUUUAUUGACGCUUGUACUUGCCUAUGUCAUGAAGACCAAUUACUUGUUUUAUUACUUUUCUCCUUUAGUUAGCUUUUGGUUUAUCAUCAUUUGGAUCACGAUGAGAGUGAUGUCGGGUUAUAAUGAUCAAAGUUGGUUUAUCUUGACCAAGAUGGCGACGAUGUCAGUGAUAACAGGGAUCGUGAUUCAUUGUCCUGGUGUACUUGAAUCUAUUUUUAAUGUGCUUCAAUUUUUAUUUCAUAUUCAAUGGAAUGUGACAGAAUGGCGAUUUAGAUUAUCCCUUGAUGCAUGGAUCGUUUACAUAGGUAUGCUUUGUGCCUUUAUUACGAUUAAACUAUCUGACCACCGUCUUCUCAUCACUUAUCCGCGUCUAUCGUCUCUUUCUAAAUUCAUCUCUCUUAUUGCCUCUAUCAUCGGUCUGGCUUGGUUCCUUUGGUUUGAGUUGAAACAAACCAAGUCAUCCUAUGUCAUCUAUCAUCCUUAUAUCUCUUGGAUCCCUAUCCUUUCCUUCGUUAUCAUUCGUAACUUUACCAGCUGGAGUCAAAAUACGUAUUCUCGUUUCUUUGCAUUCAUCGGGAAGAUCUCGUUGGAGACAUUUAUUGGACAAUUUCAUAUGUGGCUCGCUGCUGAUACGCGUGGUAUCUUGAUUGUUUUACCUAAUGCAAAUUGGGUUAUUCAAUCCAGAAUAGGCUGGUGGGUCAAUAUGAUGAUAUCUACUACUUUCUUUCUAUUUAUCUGUUAUUACCUUGGUCAAGCAACAAAUCUCAUUACACGAUCCAUCCUCUCUGGUGCUCAAAAAUGUUGUAAAUCAGAAAACAAAACUACGUCUUCAGCCAAAAUGAUGGAUUCAGUUCCUUUGUUACCUACAACUCAUCAAACAGAGGAGAAUGUGUUACAGCCCUUUAUCGAAAAGAAGGAAACCACUACAAGUAAAGAAUCACAAUGCGAUAUAUCUGAUCUUGAAACAGAAGAAGAAGAAGAAGUUAAUGAUUGGGAAUAUAAUAUGGAAAAGAAAAGCCGUUGCUGGUACAGACGAUUAUUUCAUUUCUUUAUGAACAAUUAUUGGAUCAAGUCUUUUGCCUUUUUAAUUAUUAUGGGUAUCUUAAAUAGAUUUUGUCUUUAAAAAGAAAAAAAAAA